AUGCUUUGGUUGAUAGUUAAAUCUACAUCUUCAAAUACAACAAUGAUUUUUGUGAUAAUUCAUGUGAUAAUGAUGAAAUCAUUCAAGCAAAUAACGAAUACCCAGCUUACCGAAGACGUGAAAUUAGAGAUGGAAAUUGAUAAGACAAAAAUGGGUUGUACUGCAUAUUGA